CAUUUUUACAUUCGCUGACAUGAUCAUGACCAUCUGCCUGCUCCUUUAACCCGAGGCCUGAGCAUAUGUUCCUACAGUCCAUGAAAUCAUACAUUCACCUCUGACUGCCAACUCUUCACCUCUCUCUUCCCACCAGGAGGGGGCAGAAACUGUGGUGUCCAUGAGCUUAUCUGUGCCAGACGAGCAACAAGCUGUCAGCGGGGAGUCCUGACGAUCUGUCACACCUCAGUGGUUAUAAGAACACACAGCCAGGGCCUCGAAUGAGCUAAUCUAGUGGUCAGCAGCGUGGUGACGAGCUCCCCGGCUGAGAGAUGGCCUUCUUCAAGAGCUUCCAGCAGAACCUCCCAUCUGUUGACAUUUCCUCUAUCUUGGACUCGGUCACCAGUCGCGUGGACGACUUGGCCAACGCCGUCAGCGACGCCACUUACGCCGUCAGCGACCAGGUCACCACCAUCAUCAACAAGGUGGACGACGGGGAGAACGGCAGCGGCAGCGGGCAGGGGGCUGCUCAGACAUCACCGGAGGGAAAGAGCGGCAACAAAGGCCUGUGGCAAAUGUCCAGAGACUCUGAAACAGGCAACACCAACAACCAAGCCAGUGAUUCAGCAGAGGCCGAGUCUGCCGGAGCCGGCCAGCUGGAGUGGGAGUGGAGGAACGGGUGCUGGCGAGUUAAAAAGACUGAGGCUGAGUUAGAAGAAGAGGAGAAGAAGAAGGAGGAGGAGAGGGAGCUACAGGAGAAGAGAGAGCAGAGGAGACAAGAACGGAGGAAGAAGCAGCUGGAGAAAGAGGCCAUGUCUCAGAGAAUGAGAGAGGAAGCUCAAGAGGGAGAGGAAGACGCUGAGGAGAAACCGGACCAGAGCGAAGACCAAACGACUGUUCAGCAAAGAAGUGAUGACUGUGAUAAACCUCCUCCUCCUUCACCGGGUCCUGAGCAUGAAAGCAGCUCGUCAAAACAGAAUAAAACUAAAGACGAGGGAGGAGAGGAGGAAGAGCUGGAGAACAGUGGUGCAAGAGAGGGGGACGAUGAGGAGGAGGCGGAGGAGGUGGAGCUUCCCGUACCUUCAUCGACGGCAAAAAAGAAAAAGUCAAGCAAGAAGAAGGCAAAGGACGCAAAAGAGAGUACAAAAAAGUCAGGGAAAGAUGUGGAGAAAAAGAAGGAGAAAAGCAAGAAGAGCAAGAAGAAGAAGAAGAAAGGCAGCCAAGACGGGGUUUUAUCAGACAGCGAAGAGGACCGAGGCCAUGAUGCGGCGGCACAGAAGAGCUCUGUGUGGAGCAGCGAGCGCAAACAGUCCACCGAGCACGGAGGAUACAGCAGCGAGGCCUCCAGUGAGCGGGUAAACAGCAUCCAGAGGAUCAAGAAAGAUCCCUCUCUCAAUGAGCUCCAGCCUCCGCCGUACCAGGACAAGUGCACGGCCGCUGCCGCCGCCACCACCGCGUCCUCUCGGUCGCGCUCGGAGCGAGGCGUUCAGAGGGGUUCGCCCCCGCAGCGCCGCGACAGCUCGCACUGCUCCAGUGAGGCCAGCGUGGAGCAGGACUCGGAGAGCUACCUCAACAAAGGCUGCGAGGAGGACAUACCCAGCGACAGCACUGCCGUUCUGGGACCAGAGGAUGGAUCGGGCCAUCAGCUGCCCACUGCCUACGAGCCAGAGCCUCUGGCCAAAUACGGAACGCUGGACGUCGCCUUCGAGUACGACUCGGGCGAGCAGUAUUUGGCCGUCACGGUCACCGCGGCGACAGACAUCCCCGCCCUCAAACAGACGGGGAACAUCUCGUGGCAGGUGCACCUGGUCCUGCUGCCGACCAAGAAACAGCGGGCCAAGACUGGUGUCCAGAAGGGGCCGUGUCCCGUCUUCACGGAGACGUUCAAGUUCUCCAGGGUGGAGCAGGAGGCUCUGGGCGACUACGCCGUCCGUUUCCGCCUGUACAGCGUCAGGCGGAUGAAGAAGGAGAAGGUGCUCGGCGAGAAGGUUUUCUACCUGACGAAGCUCAACCUGCAGGGGAAGAUGGCUCUCCCCGUCACCCUGGAGCCCAGCUCUGAACUCACUGGUUGUGGCUCUGUGGUGAGCGUGUCUCGCAGCGCGGGGGCUCUGUCCUACCGCUUCACAGAGGACUCCACCCUCCCCGAGAUCCUCCUGGGCCUCAUCUACAACUCCACCACGGGACGGCUCUCCGCCGAGGUCAUCCAGGGCAGCCACUUCAAAACCACGGCGUCCGACAAACCCGUCAAUGGUCUGUUUUGUUGUGUUAAACACUUUGUCGGGGGACAGCUUUAUAUCAUGAGAGACACCUACGUGAAGCUGACCAUGCUGGACUCCAAGGGGAAGGAGAUGUCCAAGUGCAAGACGGGCGUGUGCCGCGGGCAGCCCAACCCCACGUACAAGGAGACGUUCGUGUUCCAGGUGGCGCUCUUCCAGCUGUCCGAGGUGUCGCUGGUGGUGUCCGUGUUCUGCCGCCGGAGCAGCAUGAGGCCCAGGGAGAGGCUGGGCUGGGUGUCACUGGGCCUCAACAGCACCGGCGAGGAGCAGCAGGCCCACUGGACAGAGAUGAAAGACGCGGACGGUCAGCAGGUCUGUCACUGGCACACACUCAGCGACACAUAGGGCGAAAGGCGGCGAGUCCCCCCGCCCCACCACACCACCGAGCGAGUCGCACAGUUUUAGGCAGAAGCGGGGAGAAUUUUCUUGUGUGAGGUGUGAAAGAACGGCACGACCACACUUCUCUCCCCGAGACGCACUUUAUUUGCUUGUGGGGGAAAAAACUCCAGCCUCUGUACGGACAGAGACACAGCGAGACAAAGCGAGACACUGUCCUAACCCAACUGAAUCAAGAACAGAAGGAACAGGAACGUCUGUGGAAUCUGCAUGGUAACACUUUUAACCGUUUACAGGACAAUGUCGGGAGACGACUUCCAAAACAUUCUCUCUCUCUCUCUCUCUCUCUGAAAACCUGGACCAAAGAGCUUCCUACACAGGGACCAACCGGCUCCUCCUCCAUUAUCUCCUGGGCUUCCCUGGACUUCAGCUGCCACCAGCAUACCAGACAUGUCUUUAUCAGUCACAGCCAUUGACAGAAGAGAAUGCAACAAGAAGACUGUUAACUCCAAAAAAAAAAAAGAAAAAAGCCUACUACAUGCUGCAACUAUGCUCCCGAGCCGUGCUUUGUACGGUUUGUUUACACGCACAUGAAUCCAUUCGUUUUAUCUUUUUUUUUUUUUUUUUUGGAUUACCAGUUUCUCCUCUUUGUGUUUUGCACAAAGGCAGAUUUUCUUUUCUUCUUUUCUUCUCCCUCCCUCUCUUGUAUCGUGGUCUUGUGUAACUCUAUGCAUCUGACGCCACUUUAAACCACACGACUGAAUCACUCUCUCUCUCUCUGUGUGUCCUCUGAGUCUCGUACUGACUGCUGUUGUUGCUGAGUCCAACAGAAUUGGACACAGCGCCGCAUGCCAUUGGUAUCAAAGAGCAGCUCGGUACAGACUGAGCCCCGUUUCCCUGCUCAGCCUCCUGACAACUCAGCCAUGUUCAUUCAUGUAGAAACACGGUGCUUCCUGCUGAGGGGGAAUAUGCAAACGCCCGUGCAGUCCAAUAAACCCGACAGACGAGCGCGGUCGCUGUGGAGUGAGUAAGGGGUGGCAACAAAUUCAAUUAUAGAAAAAAACAAUGGAGUGAAUGGACAAUGUAAUUGUGAGAAAUCUGACCUUCAUCUGGAACAAAGCCAGUGUUGAGGUGUGAUCGUAAAAAAAAAAAAAGAAAAAAAGCCAUGCGUCAGAAAAGGCCCCCAAAAAAACAAGAAUGCUGAAGACUGCACCACCACACCUCAGUGAAACCCUCUCUCCUCUGUUCUCCUCCUCCUCGACCCUGUGAUGUCAGAUUUAAACUCUUCACCUCUGCUUCCAGGUUCUGUAACAGUCUUCAGCUCUUCUUCUUUUUCUCUCUCUCUGCAGCUUUAAUCAUUAUAUGAUUGUUUGACUGGGUUUCAUGAAACCAGAUGUGUCGCAUUCCUGCCACAUAAAUAAAUGUUUGCAGAUAAAACACGGGAGGGAGAAACAGCCACCGAAGUGCUUUUCCUUCGUUUCCUGCAUUACUGAACAGUCACAUAAACACACAACAAAGACGUAGUUCUGCUCAUGAUCUCCUCGUCAACAUACAAGAGGGAAUGUUUACGUCUUUUUUUCUUUUCUCCCGUUAGAUAAAUGAGACGUGAUGAGAUUUAAAAGGGUGCUGGGAGGCAGGUUUUAUUCACUCCGGACAGAACCGGGCCGUCUUGGCUCAGGCUGAGCUUCAUAUUUAACGGUAAGAUAUGAGUAGAGCGGUGGCUUUCUUAUCUUUUAAAGAAAAUACUGUGCGCAUCCAACGGUGAAUUAUUGCCGACUAAAUAAAAAAGGCACGGAGUUGGGUCAUUUAUCUCUACAGCAGCGAUGUAGAUGCUCAUUUCUCUACUGUACUGUAUGUGGGUCAGCACUGACUGAGCCAAAGCGUAUUCAUGUCGUAGAUUAUGCACGUUAAACGCAAUAAGCAGCACUUCCAAGCACAUUUAAACAUCUCCUAAUGCCAUGGUUCUCAAACUGUGGUACUUGGAAGAAAAUCAGAAAUACUGCAGGUGAGGAAUUAUGCCCAGAGUGUGUAGAAAAUGAAACGAAUAACAAUUAUCGAUCACUCCAUCUUAAUCUAAUUUCACUAUACCAGUGUGAGAAGUAUAAGGGAGGAGGACGAUGAGAGAGUAAAUUAAAGAAUAAAUCUGCUUCCUGUGGAAAAAGUCUGUAGCUAACAUUAUGUAUAAUUUUUUGUAGUGUUAAAUUGAGCCCUUUAUUAUGUACUUCAGACAAUGCCUUAGUCUCAUUUCUGCAGAUAAACCAGCAAGAGCUUGUGUUUCACGUUUGUAGUUCGGGGUUUGCUGCUAUGUGCAGUCCCACCAGUAGGUGUCACCAUUUCCUACACACUGGAGUAACGUAUUAUUGCGAACGUCAACACUCGUACUUAAUUUUUGUAAUUUUAAUACGAUACCAAAUCAGGGAAAGGAAACAUAAGGAUAAUGUUUUUAACCAUGUUGUGAGUUUUUUUUUUUUUUUUUAAUUAUUAUUAGUUUGACGCUGUUGUCAAGUUAUCUGCAGCGCUGUCCGCAGACCCAGGAUCACCAUAGUUCCACCGCUCCAUUCUUUACACAUCAUCACAGACUGACUUGACCGAGGCCUUCCAGAGAAACGCUCCCUGCUUUAGGCCACACCAAACCAGCUGUGCCACAGAUCGGAGAGGGGACGAGAGGGAGUUUUUUAACUUCCAAAACACCAGCUGACCCAAAUUGCUCCCCGGGGACAGGUUUAGCGUCGGCCAGGUUAUUAUGAGGCAAUAAAAAACCUGCUGAAUGGUAGCAGUGGGGGGGGGGGGGCAAGUUGUUUUUUCCACGACAUAAAAUGUAAAUUUGGAUUUGUUUUAGCCGCGUUGCCAACUUGAACCGCGGUCAUUAGGAAACUGGCUCCGUGUUUAAUCUCUUUACAGAGAAUAUUUCCAUUUGAAUGUGUUUGCAUUUCACCAGGAGGGUCAGUGUGUCGCAGCAGCAGCAGGAACAGGUAAAAAAAAAAAAAAAAAAAGACACAUUAACUAGUGUCCACUGGCUUUCAGCAGCUCACUUUAUGACAUUUCUACUUAUAGACUCAGUGACCACAGUUUAACAUAAAGUUUGCUCUCACGUCA